CGUAAUGGACUGUAUUGCUGCCCACUGCACGCUCCUUAAUAUCCCCUCUCCGUACUUUAUGACCACCAAAUUCUAGUCGUCUUUCGCCCCACUUUUUGCAUACUGAGACGCACGACGCCCACCCCUCGUUCUCGAUCGAAAUUAUAGAAGCUGUAUCAUGUCUUUCUCCUUCUCUUUUCUUCUCAUGCCUGAUGCCUUUCUUCCUGUUGUGGCCCCCACCUCAUAACCUCCUCCCCAUAGUUCUUGCGCGCGGGCUUUCUUGCUGCGGGCGCGCUGUCCUACUUGUCGGCCGGUCAUGGAUUCCUCGACCCAUGGUUCCACCCUUCUGUUACGAUAUACUUAUAAACCCCACAUACCCAAGUGUUUCCCCUGAUCCUCUAGUUAUACAAUAUAGGUACCCAAUCCAGUACAUUAUGGCGCGCGUAUGCUUAGCUUGCCUUCGAUCUUCUUCCCAUGCUAGGCGACGCCGACGCAUACUUAUGCAUAUUCUUCUUUUGCCGUAUUGGUGCCCUAGGCGACGUUCUGUCCGGGGCGAUUCCGUCUAUACUUUGUGUAUUGUUAUUUCCUGACUUGUGCCGACGAGGACGCUGCCCCCACCACUCAAGAUACUUAGGUUACUGUCGCUGUAUAAAUACUGAGGAGUUGCCACGCAUAUUGGGAGUGAUCAUG